AUGGAAGGUGUCAUCAGCAUCUCAACCGCAACCACCACUCCCACUUCCACUGUCAACGGGCAUCAUAACCACAGCCAUAGCAGCGACGAAAAGAGAUAUACCGUCGUCGACGAUAAUCACCGUGGGCAACCGUCGCCCACUCUUGGGAAAAAUGGACAGCAGGACAACAAGAAGGCUCCAUUCUCGGACACAGCAGCUAACAACAACAGCAACCUAAAAAACGGCGGCAAGCACAGCGGCCAGGAUAUCCGGAUCCACUCCCCAUCUCCUUCUCCCUUUCCUUGCAAGUCGAAAAACACGAACGGACACACGACUACCAGGUUCAACCUCGACCGCGGCGAACGCGACGAAUCGGAGGACCAACACGACGACGACGGCCACGACCAAGAUGACCACGAGUCUCACCUCUCGGGCAUGGACCUUGACUGCCACGAGCAUGACCAUCACCUCCACCACCAUGACGACGACAGCCUUCACUUCUCCGACGACAAGUACAAGAGUCUCAAACGCAAACUCAAACUUGCCCUCGAGGGCGGAGGCUCUGGGAGUGACUCGGUCUCAUCUCUGAGCAGUGAUAGCGAAUCGUCUGAUUCUUCCCUUUCAGACGAGUCGCGUCGUCCCGCUCAACGGACAGGUGGCUCAAAACAGGGGCCAGGAAGCGUAAAGGGGAACGGGAACAAGGGAGGCCGUGGAUCUGGACCCAAUCACGCUGCUGCAAAUACAUUUCACUCUGCAGCAACCACAUCAGCAGGCGAGGCAGUGUCAUCAACGCAACAUCAAAAGAAGAAAGGAGUCAGGCGCUCAUCUCCAUCUGCUCCUGGUACCCUUGCGUCAACCUCUGCUCGGCUUGGGCCAAAAGAGUCCAAGUCUCAUACACCUGCUGCAGUCCCAUCAACCAUCACCAAUGUUGGCUCUGCUACUCAAAAACCCAAGCGCGUUCACCAAACCAACAAACAGAGACCAGGACUGGCCAAGGCGCGUAAAGUCCAGAUCGUUGAAAAAGACGAGAAGGGCAACGUUAAACUCCCUGUCACGGUCGGAAUCAUCACCAUCUUGAGCAUUGGACACGUCGUCUAUGACCGCGAGGCUUUCCACAAUGACCGUUACAUCUGGCCCGUCGGAUACAAAAUGUCGCGCUCCUACAACAGCAUGAUCGACCCUACCACCCAUACCACCUACACAUGCAGUGUCAUCGAUGACGGUGAGGCUCCCAAGUUUCAAAUUGAUGCAGAAGAUCAGCCUGGAAAGCCGAUUAUUGCAGGAACGGCAACAGGCGCAUGGACACAUAUUGUCAAGGCAGCCAAUGCCAUUCGGAAACGGGACCACUCCAACUCAGCCUCAGGACCAGAUUACUUUGGGUUCUCGAACGCGACGAUUGCCAAGAUGAUCCAGGAUCUUCCGAAUGCGGAAAAGUGCUCGACGUAUGUGAUGCAGCAGUUUGAGGAGAUUGCGGGGUCCGGAGGAUCUGCUUUGGCUGGUGGGGUUGGGUCUGGGGCUGCAGGACAGACCCCAGGAGGAGGAGGAGGAGUGACGGGGAAGCGGAAGGUUUCGGCUCUGGCGUCUGGUGCAAAGUCAGGGAAGGAUCAUAAUGGCGACGAACACGAUGCAGCGGACGGAGAGACAGGAGCAGCAGGUGGAAACGAUGAUGAUGAUGACGAAGAGUACGCGUCUCUUGGAUCCUUGAGUAAGCCCAGUGACCCCAAGAGCGCCAAUGUUGCAAUCAACACCAAGCAGAAAAAGACGAAAAAGACGAAACUGUCGGCGACAGCUGUGGCAAUGCCUGCGAUUCGAUUGGCAGGCAUCAAUGAUUUUGCGCUGGUGUCGUCCAAUUCCCCACUACCUCCGUCUACUACUGGUUCCCUGUCGGUCAAGGAGAUCAACGAUGUCCAGGAUGGUGGCGAGGAGAUAGUUUCAGAGUCGGGGUCUCCUCAGGCUGGCAAAUUGCAACGUCAGUCCAACGGAACGUCUGCAGAAAAGGCAGCUGCAACUGCAGAAUUAGCGGAUCAGGACGUGGAUGUGGACGUGGAAGAUUUUGAUGACGACGAGAGACAGGAAAGACCGCAUCGGACUCAGUCGCCGGUUGGCGCCAACGGAAGUAAGGCUCGGCACGAUGAUGAAAGCAUGACCACCGACGAGGAUGUGCCCCUGCACAAGGUAUAA